GAUUGACGUGCACCGGAAAGAAAAUGCAGGAGCCGCGGAAAAAGCCAUCAGCAUCCACUCCACCCCUGAGGGCUGCUCCGCUGCCUGCAAGAUGAUUCUGGAGAUCAUGCAGAAGGAGGCAAAGGACACCAAGACAGCUGACGAAGUGCCUCUGAAAAUCCUGGCCCAUAACAACUUUGUGGGGCGCCUGAUCGGCAAAGAAGGGCGAAACCUGAAGAAAGUGGAGCAGGACACGGAGACAAAAAUCACCAUCUCAUCCUUGCAGGACCUGACUCUGUACAACCCCGAAAGGACCAUCACGGUGAAGGGGUCCAUUGAGAACUGCUGCAAAGCAGAGCAGGAGAUCAUGAAGAAAGUGAGGGAAGCCUACGAGAACGACGUGGCUGCCAUGAGCUUGCAAUCUCACCUCAUCCCUGGCCUUAACCUGGCUGCGGUUGGCCUCUUCCCUGCCUCCUCCAACGCGGUACCUCCACCACCGAGCAGCGUCUCUGGGGCCGCGCCGUACAGCUCCUUCAUGCCUCCGGAGCAGGAGACGGUGCACGUCUUCAUCCCCGCGCAGGCGGUCGGGGCCAUCAUCGGUAAGAAGGGCCAGCACAUCAAGCAGCUCUCCCGGUUCGCAAGUGCCUCUAUCAAGAUUGCCCCUCCGGAGACGCCGGACUCCAAAGUGCGCAUGGUGGUCAUCACAGGCCCUCCAGAAGCUCAGUUCAAGGCACAAGGCAGGAUUUAUGGGAAGCUGAAGGAAGAGAACUUCUUUGGACCGAAGGAAGAAGUGAAGCUGGAGACACACAUCCGGGUCCCCGCCUCGGCCGCGGGCAGGGUCAUCGGCAAAGGGGGCAAAACCGUCAAUGAGCUGCAGAACCUGACGGCAGCAGAGGUGGUGGUGCCGCGGGACCAGACCCCUGAUGAGAAUGAGCAGGUCAUCGUGAAGAUCAUUGGGCACUUCUAUGCCAGCCAGAUGGCUCAGCGCAAGAUCCGAGACAUCCUGGCGCAGGUGAAGCAGCAGCACCAGAAGGGACAGAGCGGUCAGACACAAGCACGGAGGAAAUAAGAGCAGCACCGACACCACCGGGAAGCGCGGAACGAGCCAGUGCCAGGCUUUAAGAGUGGCUGGGAAUCAGUUACCGUAGACAGAUGCUAACUUUUCAUUAACCCAUCGAGAUUAAAGGCAGUUUGAUUGGCUUCCGAGGUA